AUGUUGAUCUUAUCGGGCCGGAAAAAGUCCGGCAAAAUCUCCCGCAUUUCUUCGGAGAGCUUGCCUUCAGCGGGAUACAUCUACCAGAGACUUGGGUCCGUUUCCCCCGGCAGCGCUCUUUGCGAUGAUAGCCACUGCUUGCCCCCCACCGAGUCCAUCGCUGAUGACUUCUCUGUGGAGUGGGAAAAACACAAACAACACAGGCGCUUCAGAAAGUCGCUCGGCAAGUUCAGGAAGAGAUUCUCGCACAGACCAAAGUGGUUGAAGUCUGGGCUUGAGAACCUCACCAAAGUGCUGGCGAGCUCCGAAGAGUGUGCACCUCUCUUGUCAGAAAUGGAACUUGUGUUUGAGCAGAUUCCAAGCACUGGGGGCCUGCAAGAGAGAACCAAGAGCGCCUGGACUCUUGACUCCCUGGCCCCCUCCAACCCUGUGGGAACUGAGACCCAAUACAUCCCCGCUUCUGAGACCCGUUGGCCUGCGCACUUGGAAGAGGAUUUGAUUGAGGAGUCUGCCCCCAGGGACUUUGCCACGAAGGACCCCCAGACCGGCGACUCUCACUCACUUUCCUCCGCCGGGGAGGAUUCUACAGAAAUGGAUGCCGACGACGAUGCAGAGUCCGAAGCCUUCUACGAGCAAAGAGGCGGCAAGUACGACUCUGCUGGCGAGAUCAUGCUCGAGGCCAUGGUCGGCAAGGCAGGCAAAAUGUGCGUGGUGCUCUACAAGAUCUUGAGGUUCCUCUCCACAUCCCACGGCAACUUGAGACACCUGGAGGUUUUUGCACCUGCCGCCAAAGACCACUGGUCAUACGAGUACUCAGACAUUUCGUCGGUGGAAACAGAACAGGAAUCCGUGUACGACUCCGAGGCUUGCUCCCCGGAUCCCGCGGAAUUGGCAGAUUUGUCGGCCAAGGGGCUCAUCAACAAUGGCGACGCAGGCUCCGCUGGAAUCGGCUCUUCAUUGAACGAUUCUUCUAGCGUCGAGACAGCUAGCCUCGUUGAAGAGAAUCCCGGGCCUUUCUCUGAUUUGCCAAGCCCACUCUUGCAAAUUGCUACGGCAAAAGCUGCGGGGAGCGGCAACAUGGCCUCCGGAAUUGGCAGGAGCAUUUCCGCCAAGUCCGGGGUCGAGUCACCUGCUACAGGUUCCUGUGCUACAAGUGGAAAUGCUGCCUCAGAAAAGUCGCCUAUUGACGUUGAAGCCGGCGACAGUGCAGAAAUUGGGCUUGUUGCUGUUUGCGAUGCCGAGCAUUCCCAAGAGAGAAGCGCCCUUGCGCAGACUCCGAUAGUGGAAGUGUUAGGCCCCUUGUCGGCGGAACAAACGAUCGCGAGCCCGGAGAGCGAGCUCAUGUUUUAUGCAGAGCUCGGUUUUGUUUUCGCUGGCGCAGAAGUCGCACUCGACUUUGAACAAAACAGUGCGGCUGUCGGCGAAGACGCAAGACAUUCCAAAGUGAACGAAGACGUGGUAUCCCAAUUCGAAACCGGCGAGGAUGCUUCAAACCUGAGUACCCCCAUCUCGAUGGCUGAUGUGCCGAUGAUCGAAGGAGCGGCACAUUCGCAAGAAUCGUGCCCCCAGGAAAAUGUUCUGCAGAAUGGCACGCCUAAUAAUGUUGCACCCACGAGUUUUGCAACUUCGGAUUCCUUGGAGCUGGUGCCCAUCCUGGCACUGCUGCAUAUUCAAGACACAGGCUCUGCUUCUUUUGUGAACCAAGUCCAGGAAAGUGCAAUUCUGCAACUGCCUGUCGAAGAAUCGUCCGAGCCUCAUUCUCAUUCAGCCGAGAGUAAGAAAGAAGCACCGAUCUUAGACCUUUGCCCCGCAAAGCCUGAUGAAUCUUUGGUUAUGGAGUCUGGUAUGUGCAACCCAUGUUCCAAGAUCAGCAAAUCCUGGGCUGACUAUGAUUCCGAUGCUGGGGAUUCGGUUUGUGAGUAUUUCUCCGGAUUGCUUGGAGAGGAUGCCGCGUCCAUUGUUCCAGCAUUGGACAAGGAAGAUGUUUGCAAAGCGCAACCUCAGUACCGGGAUAAACCAGCCUUGCAUAAUACUCGUCGCAGCUUGACUGAAGACGCCACAGCCACAGAGUCGCCUGCCCUGCUGAACUUACUGCUCAGCCAAAUUUCAACUUCUUCACCCGAAAGCUGCUGGAAGUCGAUCUUUGUCGAGAACUUUAGCUCCGGCCCACUGCUGCCCAUGGAUCAGACUGGCAGUAAACGCCCCCCGCUCCUGAGCCUGGCUCCAGAGGAGGAGGCGAGUAUUGUGGUCUAUUCCUGUGACGACGAUUCAGAGCCUUUCGUGUUUGACACAAGCAAGAAAGUCGACCUUGCCAGUGACUCAAGACGCUCUGUGGAUGCAAGCGAUAAGACCACGGCGGGUGACAAGAAAGAGGAUUCUGUCGAGAACUACCGGGACCUUCUUUACACCGACGAGGAGUCUUGGAUGAAAACAGAGUUCUUGCUCCUUGACUUUGAAGAAGAGGACCACUUGCCAUUGCAGUCUCGCGCAAGGACAGUCAGAUUUGCAACUGAGGCUGACCAUUUCUCUUCGGAUUGCGAGUCUUCCUUAGCUCUUGAACACAACCGGGAGAUUGAGAUGGAGUCGGAACAAGAUAUGGAGCUUUCUGCGAUAUCCACAGGCCCAUUUCUCUCGGAGCUGGAGUCCCUGGUGGAGCUCGAGACUGCAUUGGCCCAGAUUGCGGAAGCGAAUUCCACAGAGGUGGCCCAUCAAUUGACAGCAUCCAUCCGCAAAUACAGGCUUGACUUUCUUGAGGCCAUCAACUCCGCAGUUAUCCCGUGCAACGAGCAGAUCAAACAGUUGGCGAGAGAUGUUUUGGCUGCCAGGAACACUCAAUGGGAGUUGUUCUCUCUGGGAUCUGCAGUACAGACUGAAAUCUCGGUCUUGAGCGAGAACUUGCGAGACGCAGACACCGAAGAUUGCCGCCAAGUUUUGGAAAAGCUCCAUGCUUGUGGCUCGAUGGUUGCCGAUAUGGAAGCCAAAUACCAGAAGACUCACGAUGACUUUGGCAUCCUCGAGAGCAACUUCAGGACAAGGUUUACCAAGAUCAUGGACACAGUGAACCAAAUCAUUUCCACAAGAGAUCGACUCUUGGAAACAUACGAUGAGUUUUGUGAGCUGAAUGUAUCGAACACAUUUAGCUUGGAUGAUAUCAGUCGGUGCGUUCACGUAGAUGAGUUUGAAAAGAAGACUACGUGGCACUACUAUCUUGACUUUGAUGAAUUUGAGACAUCCUUCUCCUGCAACAUAGCUUGUUUGCUGCUGUCAAUGGAUGUGGUUGACAGUUUGGUUCAGCUUGUGCGUGGGAACUACGCAGAGGUCGAACAGAGACUUGACAUUACAAGCUAA